GAUUCAGUACCUAAAUUAACCAUGGUGUGGAAUAUAUAUUACAUAUCCCUGGUGUUAUUUUCAGCAUCCUUGAUUCAGCAAGCUUCUUCUCAAGAUUUAUCAAGCUGUGCAGGGAGAUGUGGGGAAGGGUAUUCUAGAGACGCUCCCUGCAAUUGUGAUUAUAGCUGUCUACACUACAUGGAGUGCUGCCAUGAUUACAAGAAAGUCUGCACAGAGGAACUCUCUUGUAAAGGACGCUGCUUUGAAACUUUUGUAAGAGGGAAAGAAUGUGACUGUGAUGCAGACUGCGAAAAAUAUGGGAAAUGCUGUCCAGACUAUCAGAAACAUUGUGAAGAAGCACUUACUACAAAAUCAUCAUCAUCAUCAUCAUCAUCAUCCAAAACAGCUCCUUUGGUCACCAAAACAACAGCCAAACGGUCAUCUAAAAAUUCAAAGAAGAGGAAGCCAAAGAAAGUAGUACAAUCCCAGGAAGUUAUGGAAGAACAUUCAGAAUCUGAGAAACAGAAAUCUUCUUCCUCAUCAUCUUCCUCAUUGUCAUCAACAACAAUUCGGAAAACAAAGGCUUCAGCAAGAAAUCCCAAUGAAAAAAACCAAAAAAAUAAAAUUAAAAACAAAAACAGUAGAGAAGUGAAGGAUACCAUGAAAGAGCAAGACUCCAAAAACAGAAGAACUUCAUCCAGGACUUCUACAACUGAUGAAAUAAGAGAGAUUUCUGAGGAGACUGGCAGUGGAUUGGACAAUGUAGGUACCAGGCCUGCUCCUACUGCAAAGCGCCCUGACAGAAAAAUUUCAAGACAAGGAAAUAAAGGUACAACAGCAGCUCCAUUGUCAGAAGAAAGUUUUAGCCAGACCCCUGCCUCUCCGCCAGAUAAAGUUACUAUGCCCUUCAAAAUGAAUACUACAAAGACAUUAAGUCUGAAGACUAACAUGCAACCUACUGUUACAAGUAUGGCUAAGAUCUCAGCAUUAACUAGUGCAGCUCAUGUCACUAAAGCUAAAGACACAAGUACUACAUCUAUGAAAAAUGCCACAACUACUACAGCUAAAGGGAUGACCACAGCUAAGAGAGAUAAAACUACUGUAGUGACAGAGACAACAACAACAACAUCUAAGAAAUACACUACAAAAACAGCUGAAGAGCCAACAGCUAAAAGUGACACAACUACUGUAGCUAUGAAGAUAACAACAGCAGCUAAAACAGAAAUGACUACAGCAGCUAGGAAAGCAACAACAGCUAAAAGUGACAGAACUAGUGCUGCUAAAAUGGCAAUGACAACAAGUAAAAGAAUCACACCCACAACAGUCAUAGAGAAGACAACAGGUAAAAGAAUCACACCCACAACAGUCAUAGAGAAGACAACAAAAGAUAAAAACGAUGUGACUACUGCAGCUAAAGAGACUCUAACAACAACAGAAAAGCAAGGCACGAUGACAGAUAAAACAAUACGCAGAAAAGACACAACUACUCUAGCUAAAGAUACCGUAAUGACAACAGUUGAAAGAGACCUAACUACUCUGGGCAAAGAGACUGUAACAACAACAGAAAAGAAAGACACAACAACUACUACAGCUAGAGAAACAAUAACCACAACAGACAGAAAAGUCACAACUAUUGCAGAGAGAGAGACUGUAACAACAACAGCUAAAACAGCCACAACUGCUGCAGCUAAAGACACUGUAACAUCAGCAGCUAAAAAAGACACAACUACGGUAGGUGAAGAGAUGAUAUGGAGUCCAGAUGAAAAAGACUUAACUAAAAAAGAUACAACUACUACAUAUAGAGAGAUUGUAACAUCAGCUACAACAGCCACAACUGCAGCAGCUAGGGAAACCGUAACAAGAGCACCCCAAACAGACACAACUACAGAAACUAAAGAUACUCUAGCCACCACGGGUAAAAAAGACACAACUACCAUGGAUAGAGAGACUGUAAUGACAAUAGAUGAAAAAGACAAAACAGCAGAUAAAAAAUACAUAACUACUAUAGCUGCAGUCAAUAUAAUAACAACAGAUGAAAAAGACACAAUAGAUAAAACCACAACUACUGCAUCCAGAACUACUGCAGCUAAAAAAUCUGUAAUGACAACAGCUAAACUGGACACAACAGCAGCAGCUAGAAAGACACAAACUACCACUAAACAGACUCCUACUGCUUCUGAAGUAACAACUGUGGCUAUAGAACUGACAAGUGCAGAUAAAGAAAAGACUGUAGAUAACAGACAGAAAACUACAACUACCAAAGAAACAACAACUGAAGAGAAAAAAGAGUUAACCACUGUUAUCAAAGAGAGAACUACAGAGGACUCAAAGGGCAUGACUACUGCAGCCAAAGAAAAAACUAUGAAUGAAAAAAAAGAGAUAAGUACUGUUUUCCAAGAGACAACUACAAGUGAUACAACAGAAAUAACUGCUGCUGAUGAAGAAAUAACUAUAGCUGAUAAAAGAGAGAGAACCACUGUUACCAGAGAGACAACUAUGGCAAAUAAAAAAGAAACAGAUGCUGUCACUAAAGACCCCUAUACUGCCAAUAAAAGAGAGACAACAACUGCUACCAAAGAGACAGCUACAGUGAAUAAAGAAGAAAAAGCUUCUGAUGAUAAACAGGCAACUACAACAGGUAAAAUAGACACAACUGCCAGUACUGUACCUAAAGAAACACUGACUGUCUCUGAAGAGGUGUCCACUACAGCUAGAGGCUCCCAGGAAAGACCUGUGUCACUAACAGAAGAUAAACCUGGUAUCACUGUCACUCAAAUCCCCCCAGUAAAAGCCACUGCCAAACCCACCAUUGAACCUGAAAAAAACACUAAGUCUGUGAUACAAAUUACUGCUACUCCACCCAUAAACCUUUCUACCUCUCAACCUAAAGACCUCCCUGAAACAAAAGUCCAUUUUGAAACCACAAAAGAAACAUCUACUGUUACUAAAAGAUCUACAGCAACUUCCAUUUCCAAGGAGGCUAUUGAAACCAAAGACAUCUCUGAAAAUAUAGAUACUACCACCCAGAAAAACACAAUACAGUUUCCAACUGAAAAAUUACAGACUUCCAAGAUCAUCAUCAGUCCUCCUUUGGUUCAGAAACCAGCUACCCACCCAGUUACUCCUGAGCAGGAGGAACAUAUAGAUAAUUCAAGCUCCACUGCAAUUAAUCCAAUGACUCUUCCAGACAGUAAUUUCCCCCAUAGAAACACAGAAAACCCUAAAGAAACUCCUGUUCCUUAUGAGGGACCCAAUCAAAAUCCUACCUCUUCCAAACAAGUUAACUCUAUAGACUACCCAGCAAUCUCAUUCACAACUUCUAUUGUUCCACUAAGAGGUACACCUAAUCCUAAUGGCAAUGAUGAGAACAACAGGUUGGAAACCAUUAUGAAAAUAACAUCGACAGCAACAAAAUCUAAUUCAGCUAUCCCUCAAAAACAAGAAACAACGUCACAUGGCAUUACAACUAAUAUCAGCACCGAUCUUGUUUCAGAUAAAGAAAUUACGGAGGAAAGUCCAAUAGCUAUGAACAUGAAUACGUCAGUAAAACAUACAAUAGUGUCUUCAACCUUUACAGCUGAGAAGGAUAUGCAUCAUACCUCCACCUUGCCAAGUGGAUUCAUAACCACAAGGACUGAAGAAAGAAGAGAAGUCACACAUUUCCCCACUAAAACAUACUCAUCAACUAAAGCUCCUGAAAGAAGACCCGCUAUACACACACACUCCAAACUACAGGAUAAGAUCAACACAACUUACAAAGAUGAACAAGAUAAGAAUUUGUGUAACAGAAAGCCAGCAGAUGGAAUAGUUGCUUUACCAAAUGGAACAUUAGCUGUAUUCCGAGGUCAUUACUACUGGCUGCUGGAUUCAGCUAGGCAGCCAACACUGUCCCCUCGUAAAAUCACUGAGGGUUGGGGUAUUCCAUCCCCCAUCGACACUGUCUUUUCCAGAUGCAACUGUGAUGGCAAAACCUUCUUCUUCAAGGGUUCCCAAUACUGGCGUUUCACUAAUGAUGCGAAGGAUGUGGGAUAUCCCAAACAAAUUGCAAAAGGAUUUGCAGGACUAAGUGGGAAAAUAGUAGCAGUUCUUUCAGUAGCACAACACAACGAAAGGCCAGAAUCUGUGUAUUUUUUCAAGAAAGGUGGCAGCGUUCAACGUUAUAUCUACAAUCAAGAACCAGUCAAAAAGUGCAAAAAGAAAGUAUAUGUUAGGUACCCAGCUUAUACACCCAGAGCAGUGAUCAAGAGGAGACGCUUUGAACGUGCAAUAAGAUCAGCAAUCAUGUACCGCACACCAGUCAUGUACCAUACUCUCAGAAUCAACCAUAAUCCAUCUGGAAUAUUACAUCAUGAAGUUAAAAUAAAUUCUUACUGGAGAGGAUUUCCAAAAGUAGUUCACUCAGCUAUAUCAAUACCUAACUACCAAAGACCAGAUGCUUAUGAUUACUAUGUUUUCUCUAAAGAUCAAUACUACAAUGUGGAUGUGGCCAGCAGAAUAGCAAGAUCAGUUACCUCUCAGACAGGGCAGACGGUAUCCAAGGACUGGUAUAAGUGUCCUAAAGAUGAAUUGUAAGACAGAAUUUUAAAGAAAGA